AUUUCAGAAUUAGUUGACAAACAACAGUAUCAAUAAUCAAUGAAAAACGCUAGAAGAUGAACCACCAAUGGAAUCCCAAUCUGCAUUAUCCUCCUCCUGUGCCACCUGGGAAUUACAAUGUUUAUCAAAACCUCCCUCCGCCACAUUAUUAUGCUACCCCUUAUUCAAUACCACCUCCAAAUUUCAACCUACCCCCUCCGAAUUUUCUGCCGAAUGCAGGAACUCCACAAUAUAAUCUUCCACCACCAACUGCUAAUCCCAAUUAUAUACCCCAAACACCAUAUUUGAAUACAAAUAAUAGGAGUGUGAGUACAUGUUAUAACGGUUACAGUGGUCCUAAAUCUAAGGAAGUGUAUGAUGAUGUUCAUGUUAAAAGAAAUGAGAAACUCUAUUCCGACGACCACCGACAUAGAAGUACAUCUGGAUUUAGGAAAGAGAGUCCAAGCAGGUCAAAAACUCGGAGUCCCAUCUAUAGAUCUAACUCCCCCUCGAAAAGCCUAAGUUAUCGAGAUGAUAAGUAUAGUUAUAGAGAUAGAAGUAGAACAAGAUACCGAAGCAGGUCACCAAAAUGUAGAAGUAGGAACUAUUCUCCAAAAUCAGUUCAUGGGGAUUCACAGAAUUCAUUAACUGAUGAAAGAAAGCUGAUUCUUCAGAAAUGGAGAAAAAAUUAUUGUUCCACUAAGGAAGAAGUGUCAAAUAAACUUGAAGAACUCAAUUCCUUCAAUCAAGAUGAAGCUAUUGAGAAGGAGAAGAAUAUUUGGACCAGAAGCACCCCAGCUGAUUUAUAUUACGAGAGAGAUGAUACUAAUCCUAAGGUUAUUAGAGGUACACAAAAACUGACACAACUCUGUGACCAUUUUAACGAGAAACUUGUGCUACGUGCAAAGAAGGUUAAUGCCUUGAAGCCUCCUUAUGAACCACCACCAAGAAAAAAUAGAGCCAGAAUGUGCAAACAUAAAACUGAAGUUAGUAGUGGAAGUAGCUGUUCAGAUGAGGAUCUAACAGAUGAGGAAGAUUGUACUAUGGAGGAACUGCAAAGAAAACAAACCCAUCCAGAUUGUCUGCAUCCUGAAAUGUGGUAUAACGAUCCUGGUGAAAUGAAUGAUGGUCCGCUAUGUCGCUGCUCAAAUAAAUCAAGGAAAUCUGGGAUAAGACACGGUAUUUAUCCAGGCGAGACACUUCUGAAGCAAUGCGAGCUUCAGUCGAAUAAUGCAGAUAAGUUAUAUCAUUAUAAAAUCACAAUUUCUCCCCCAACAAACUUUCUCAUUAAGACUCCGACAAUUAUUCAUUUCGAUGAACAUGAAUUUAUUUUCGAAGGUUUUUCUAUGCUCUCCCAUUCUCCUUUAGAAAAACUACCCACCUGCAAAGUUAUCAGAUUCAACAUUGAAUACACUAUUCUCUAUAUUGAAGAAAAAAUUCCAGAAAAUUUCACUGUCUGUGAACUGAAUUUAUUUUAUGAUUAUUUAUUCAAAGAGAUUCUAGAAUUGGUCGAUCUUGACGUUGGUGUAUCGGAGGGUUGUACGCAGUUUCAUUUCAUGCCACGGUUUGUGAGAGAACUACCCGACAAUGGCAAAGAAAUUUUAGCUAUGAAAGAAGUGUUGAAUUAUUUGUUAUAUAGCUCGAUGCCUCUGAUAGAAAAGAUCGAUUUAGAAAAAAUGGUGAAUAUGUCGCAAUAUGAAUGGCAAGCAUAUGCAGAUGAAAUAAAAGGGAUGGUUGUGACAUAUCCUGGCAAAAAACCUUGUUCGGUGAGAGUCGAUCAGUUAGACAGAAAUAUCGACUUGCAGAAAAAAGGAGAGUAUAUGUUCCCUGAAAUCGUUCAUUUCGGUAUAAGACCCCCCCAGUUGAGUUAUGCCGGUAAUCCCGAGUAUCAGAAAGCCUGGAGGGACUACGUAAAGUUCAGACAUCUUCUAGCCAACAUGUCAAAACCUACUUUUGAGGACAAAAGGAAACUGGAAGCUAAGGAAAAUCGAUUGCAAGAAAUGAGAACACAAGGGAAAAUGAAACGGGACGUUACUGUUGCUAUAAGUGCAGAGGGUUUCUACAGGACAGGCAUAAUGUGUGAUAUCAUACAACACGCAAUGCUUUUACCAGUUUUGGUGUGCCAUUUACGAUUUCAUAAUUCUCUAAACGUAUUGGAGAAUUCUAUCGGGUAUAAAUUCAGCAACCGAGCAUUGUUACAACUAGCACUCACCCAUCCCUCUUAUAGAGAGAAUUUCGGUACUAAUCCUGAUCAUGCCAGAAAUAGUUUAACCAACUGCGGAAUCAGACAACCAGAAUACGGGGACAGAAGAAUUCACUAUAUGAACACUAGAAAAAGAGGCAUCAAUACCUUGAUCAACAUAAUGUCCAGAUUUGGAAAACAGCAAGAAACUGAAUCGAAUAUAACCCAUAACGAACGACUAGAAUUCUUGGGAGACGCAGUGGUCGAAUUCUUGUCCUCGAUCCAUUUAUUCUUCACCUUUCCAGAACUGGAAGAAGGAGGAUUGGCCACUUAUAGAGCCGCUAUAGUACAGAACCAACAUCUUGCAGUUUUAGCGAAAACAUUGAAACUCGACCAAUUCAUGCUGUACGCCCAUGGAUCUGACCUGUGCCAUGACUUGGAGCUUCGGCACGCCAUGGCUAACUGUUUUGAAGCCGUUAUGGGAGCGCUUUUUCUGGAUGGCGGCAUAGAGGUGGCCGACAAAGUGUUUUCCGAUACCCUAUUCAAAGAUUCGGAACUGUUAGAAGUGUGGAUCAACCUUCCUCUACACCCUUUACAAGAACAAGAACCAGAAGGUGAUAGGGAAUGGAUUCCUAAAUUUGAACUCUUGCAAAAAUUGACCAAGUUCGAGGAAUCCAUUGGUGUGGAAUUCAAUCACAUACGCUUGUUAGCUAGAGCGUUCACUGAUAGGAGCGUGGGGUAUACUAACCUCACAAUGGGUUCCAACCAAAGAUUAGAAUUCCUUGGGGAUACCGUUCUACAACUUAUCGCUUCCGAAUACCUCUACAAAUUUUUUCCCGAACAUCACGAAGGCCAUUUGUCUCUCCUAAGGAGUUCGUUAGUUAAUAAUAGAACUCAGGCUGUCGUUUGUGACGAUUUAGGAAUGGCGAAUUACGCAGUCUAUAACAACCCAAAGGCUGAAUUGAAAACCAAGGAUCGGGCCGAUUUACUUGAAGCAUUUAUUGGAGCACUUUAUGUCGAUCAAGGCUUGGAACACUGUGAAGUUUUUUGCCAAGUGACUUUAUUCCCGAGGUUGCAAGAUUUUAUAAUGAACCAAGACUGGAACGAUCCAAAAUCGAAGUUACAACAGUGCUGUCUAACUUUAAGGACGAUGGAUGGUUCAGAACCUGAUAUCCCUGUCUACAAAGUGAUAGAAUGUAAAGGGCCGACAAAUACUAGGGUUUACACAGUAGCAGUUUAUUUCAGAGGAAAACGUUUAGCUCACGCCGUGGGGCACAGUAUCCAGCAAGCCGAAAUGAAUGCAGCCAAGAAGGCUUUGAAAAUAUCAGAAAACCUAUUUCCUCAACUUGAUCACCAGAAGAGGGUCAUUGCUAAAAGCUUGAAGAAACAAAAAACCAAAAAACAUGAAAGUAGGUCCAGGAGUGUGAAAUCGCCUGAGCAGUAUUCGAAGAAGAAAUGUCGAUCUAGGAGUAUUUCUUCUGGCAGGUCGAGAAGUAGAUCGCGCGCGUCAGGUACCUCAUCCGUCAGAUCGAAACAUAAAUAUUCGGGUGUUGAUUCGCCCAACCGAUCCAGAUCAUCGAUCAGAUCGGAAAAAAGUAAAACCAGCAAAUCUAGCAGCAGUUCUAGCGAUGAAAGAUCGAAUCCUAGAUCUUCGAAAAUGUCUUCUGAUUCGGAAGAUUCUCAUAAAAGGUUCUCAUAUGCCAAAAUUAGACGCAGGAUGAAAAGAAAGAGAUAUAGUUCCACAUCUUCAUCAAGUAGUAGUGAUAUUUCUAAAACCUCGAAUUCAUCUGAUGAUGAUACUGUGAUAUCAAGUUUUAAAAAUUAUUUGGGCCUCUAGAGGGACUCUUGAGCUUAUACCUCAGAGUAACAAAGUUACUCUGUUACUCUGAGGCUUAUACCACUUGGAAAUCAAAUGCUGCCAACUGCAUCAUGAAAAUAACUGCUCAUUCUUCAGCUGUAUAGGUUAAUGUAGCAUGUACACAGCAAUCCAAAAUGAUUAAUAAUGUUUUUGUUGCAACUAAAAUAGUGCGACUUUGAAUUCAUUGGUAUUAAUAUGUAUAUAUAAUGAUUAUUAUUAAUUAUUACAUUUGCGAAGUAUCUGCCAGGUUUUUGUUAUAAUUCUGUCUCCAAAUUCAUUUAUCUCUAGUCAGUAAGGUUUUGUAAGAAUGUUCGAUUGUUAUUUUUAUGGAAUUCAUUACUUAAAAUAUUAAUGUGAACAAUAUUUAUCGUUUAAGCCGAGAAUACACAAGUCCUCAAAUUGUAAACAGUACCUUGCAUGCCACCAGAUGUUAUGUCCAGACAACAAGGAUAUAUUGUUUAGUUGAACUGGUUAGUGUUAUGCCAAUAACUUACAUAAAGUAUAACGUUGAGGGGAACAAAUUUUUGAGAUAGUUACUUACUUAGCAGUUUCCCUAGUUCAAGCUGCAGACAUGCUAGCAUCAAGUCACUGGUAUGUGUAUUGCCGGUUCAAAUGAGGAAUUAAAUAAUUGAAAGUGUCAAUUUAAAAAAAUACUAUAUCUGAAGAUGUCAGCAAUAUUUUUACAAAAUACGAGUGGUAAAGGCUCAGAUGAUGUCCGAUUAUGUAAUUAUAUAUGUGAUGUAAAUAAAUGAAUUUUAUCAUG